AUGCAGCAUGAUAUGCUGAAUCAGGUAUCUCAAAUUUGUAUAAGGUGCACUUACAUGUUAGAAAAUAUGCAUAGAACGCCUCAUACGAAGUUAUUAUUUGGCCCCCAAAUUCGAAAAAUUACUUUCCGAGCCUUGAAGCCAUAUUCGCAAAACUUAAGAACCGAUCAAUUCAGGCAACGAUGUAGAAGAACAACAUACUCUGUUCCAAGCUGUACGAAAUAUGCGCCGAUUUAUACGAAAUUCCAAAACUCUAAAACCCCAAGUGAAAAUGAAGAAAGACCGAUCAUGAGAUCAAAUAACCUAUUCCAUCCAUUUUCACGUUCCCCAAGUCUUGAGAUAAAGAAGCGGGCUGCAACUAUGAAAAAAAAUGCCUAUUGUCCACAUCCAGAUCACAAUCAGACCCGAAUUCCUACAAGUCCAAAUGACCCGGAAUCUAGAAAGGUUACCUCAGGCUCGCUCGCGCCGGCUCAUGUCAACUUUGAAUGCCCAGACUGCGGCAUUCCAGUCGCAUGCUCUGAGGAACACUGGGCUGAUGACUACGAGGCACAUUUGGAGAUUUGCGAUACGCUAAGGCAAAUUAAUGAAGAUGACCAUGAUCUGAGAUCAGGGCGUUUCUUUCCUGAAUUUACAUAUCCUACAUACCAAAUUGAAGAGGCAAUGGUCAACAUGACCAACUGGGAUACACUCUUGUACUCCAGGAACUUUAACGCCAUAAAUAAUGAGAGAAGUCUGAGGCAAGCCACAAAACUCUUAACCUAUCCCAUCACAAUCGGUAGCAUCCUACACGAACUUAGCCCGUAUAAUAUUAAAAGAGGUGGAAGAUUAACCGUAGAAGGUUUGAAGAGUUUAAGUGCCUUAAGGUAUAAUCUUCAUCCACCAAAAGCAGGUGCUGGUCCAGGAAUCAAAGGACUUCGGCCAAAAUCACCUCCAGUCAGGAUAUUUAUCCUCGGCGCCAGAGCAGAGUCAUCUCUCCCACGAGACGUCUGGAUGCAGCUAGCUUAUUUAUUUCCUCGUACUGUCUUUCACAUAAUUUUUAUUGGCCCAGAGAGUAUGACGAACCGAGACGACGAAUUUCCACUACCCGAGAGGACUCCCAGUAACCCCUUUGGUGUAAUUGUAGAAGAUCGAAUCUCCCCACAAUUGAAGGUUAGCACGUAUGUGGAAUAUUACCAAACCCUUCAUAAUGCAGGUCAUUUCUAUCCUUACGAUCCUUAUUUUGAUUGCUUUAUGUUAUUUCACCCCGGUCUUGGUCAUCCUGCAGGGUCUUACGAAUGGCAAAAAUCAUUACCACUUCUACUUGAAACCAAGGUGCCUAUACUAGCGACAGGCUACACACAAUACGACAUGGAGCGAGAUUACGAUUGGGUAAAAAAAAAUUCACACGGUGAAGUUGAUAUUUUAAUGGAACCGGGUGAGAACAGAUUUAGGAGCCUAAGAUGGGACAUCAAUGAUCUAGAUCCUCAAGAUAUAAGUUGUGGGAAUUGGGGAGUUUGGGGUUUCAGAGGUAAACGAUAUGAAGCUCAACGAAAAAAUAUUGAAGUCUAA